AUGCCUUCAAUCAUGUGGCACAUUCCCAGAUACCCAGAAAAUGAAUUGCCAACAUCAUGCCCUUCGGACCCCAGAUUUAUGGGCAUAUGCUGCUUCGAUACUGCAACCAGCAUCAGCUUGUCCAAGAUUAGGGACUUAAUUGAAGAUGUGAAGAAACUUGUUCCUUUGCAACCUGAGGCUUUCUGUGGAUUAGACCGCUACAAUGGUAUCCUUGUGAGAUAUAUCACUACUUCAACUGCUUAUUUGGGUAAAGAUGAAGAUAUUAUAGAAUUCGAUAUGCUUUACUAUAGAAGUAAGGAUCCAAUGCCCCCAAGAAUCUAUCAAGAGAUUCUUGAAGACAUUGAUCAAAUAGCAUUGCUUAAAUGUGCAAGGUUGCCACAUUGA